AUGAAUAACCAGAGUCACAUAAUUAAAGGAACGUGUUAUGCAUUAUGUCCAGAGGAAGAAAUUAAUUUACGAGAAAGAGAAAACCUGGUUCACAUACUUGAAGUAGUUAAUAAAAAACAUAAACUAGUUAAAUGUUUUAGUAGAUCUGCCGCAGAUGCUCAUAUGGCUAUUCCUAGACUUCUACGCCCCUUCAAUAUAUUAAGAGAUACUGUAAAACAUUUGUUAUUUGUAGUAGCAAAACGGAUAGAUGUUCCACUGGCAGUGAUGUAUGACUUCUUAAAUGAUCGUUUACGAGCUGUACGUCAAGAUGUGACUAUUCAAAGGCUACCUCCAGCCCAAUGUUUAGAAUUGUUAGAGCCUAUUAUUAGGUUUCAUGUUUACUUUGGAUAUAGAUUAUGUGAAAAGCCCACCAAUGAAUUUAACCCCACAUUGAAUAAGCAAUAUUUGCUCGAGUGUAUAAAAUGGUUCUUAAGUUCUAUAGAUGAAUUAGAAAAAUCUAAAUAUAAUUUUGAUACUACAAUUCUCAAUUUGGAAUUACUAAAACUUGAUGAAAAAGAUAAGGAUUAUGAUAGAGUAUUAAUAGAGAGCUUGUAUAUUUUGUGCAAUAUGGAUGAUGAAACACCCAUGAAACGGUAUCUUCAACUGCCAAAGGAAAUUAAGAGAAAUCCACGGUUACGUCUCACAUAUGACAUAGCAAUAUCAAAUCUGAAAGGAAACUACAUAAAUGUAUGUAGACUAUACCACAGAUUGUGUCCACUCACUGCGUGUGCCUUCUUGACAUACCUACCUGUAUUACAAAGGAGAAGUUUACAGAAAAUGAGCUCAGCCUACAACAGUAAACAUUUGUCAAUCCCAACAGAAGUGAUACAAGAGUGGCUAUUAUUUAACUCAAUUUCUGAAGCUGCCGAGUGUUGUAAACACUACGGAUUAUCUGUGAAUGGAGGAGUUUGCUUCAAUAAAUCAGCUUUCAAACACGAAGCUGAUAUUCAUCGUCUUGGUAACAAUCAAACAGCAGCUCAAAUUACUUUACAAGAUAUCUUGACAUAUUGA